CUUACUUACUUACCUGCUUGUUUAUAACUGGGUUGGUAUUCCUUCUUUGCAUUUUGCUACCACUAUCUGCUAUCCUUGUUGUUUGAUUGAGUUGUUUCUUGAGUCUUAUAUACUACUUGGUAUUGAUCGAUCGGAUUGAUACCCACCUACUACCCCAUUUAAUCCCCUUGCUGUCCCAGUCAUCGCAUGGUUCCUCGGUGGAUCUCCCGCGCGCAUCGUCAUCAUCAUCAUCAUCAUCAUCAACACCAUCACCAUCAACCAACGCCAUAACUACAACUACAACCACAACUACAAUUCCAACCACCAUGUCAGCAGCCGUCCCAUAUCUACAAAAGCUGCGCAAGCCACAGCUCGCUGAACUCGCCGAAAUCACCGACCUCCGCAACCACGAAGACUACAACAAACCGGAACUCGUCCUCGCCCUCGACCAGCAUCUCCAGGCUAAUCGCUCCAUCUUCGCUACCGACAAGCGCCUCGCGAACUACUAUAGCCGUCUCGCGACGCGCUCGCGCGGCGUGUCUUCGCCUGCGAAGAGGGAUCUUAAGCAGGAGGUCACGCCUUCGUCGGAUGGCGUUGGCGUCACGCGUCGACGGACGACGCGUUUGAAAGAGGAGUCGGUUCCGACCCCGCGACCUCGUCACCGUGCAGCCCCCCUCCCCCCUUCCCCCGCAAUCGUCACAGACGCCAUCGACCGCCAAUCCGCCGAAAUCCGCCGCUCCAUCAGCGAAGCCUGGACCGGCUCCGGCGUCGAAGAGCGCUCCAGCGCCCUCCGCGCAACCCUCAGCAGCGCCAAAGCCAUCCAAGUCAUCGCCCUCCUCCUCGAAGCAGCCAGCCUCAUCUACGAGCUUCUCCCACUACGCUAUCUAACCACCAUCCCCGCCGUGCGGGCCCUCCACACCCCGCCCUACCCCAUCAAGGUCCCCGACCUGUUCGUCCUCGUCGACGGCGUCUUCUGGGCGCCCAUCUCGCUGUGGCUGCUCACGUCGCUGGUGCUGCCGCUGCUCGCGGCUUACUUUUUCAAUUUCCGCUUGAAUAGCGCCUCCCGUGGGAAAGGGGGGGGAGGCGCGAGCAGCUUUGAUCCGCUGAGCUUUAAUCUGGUUAAGGCUCUCGUGUCUUACUUUGUUUAUCGGCGUGAAUUUGACUUCUUUGGGACUUUUGUCUUUGCGACGAUGCAUAAGGUCGAUAUGGCUGUUCCGGGUCAGUGGCGCGGGACGGUGGCUGGUGCUGUGAUUGGGAUUGUGGGGACGCUUUAUGAGGAGAUUUUGCGUCGUGGUUGAUUGUUGCUUAUGUAUAUAUCAUUGGGAUGAUAUGAUUGUGGGAUUCCACCAAAGUGUGGAAUCCAAGGAGUGUGAAUGAUGGAUGGCUGAUGGAUGGUAUGGUAUAUGGAAAUGGGAAUGGGAAAUGGGCUUGUUUGGUUUGACUGAUUUGAUUGAUUCAACUGUUGGAGUCUGUCUAUUCUAUCCUAUUCAUUAGUGUUGGAAGGUCACGGUGUUGGCGAUGAGACGGUACAGUCAACGUGAUAUCCUUGUUUUUUUUGGUCUUUAUUCUAUCUUGGUUGAUGGCGUGUUGGUUGAUGUUAUUUUUAGUUAGGUAGUUGAGUUAUAAGUAUAAGUAUCA